CUAAAUUAAUGUUGUUUACUUAUUAGCAUUUAAAACUAACUGUUUAAAAAAAUAUGCUACUAAUUUGGCAAGGGUGUCACGAAAUUUUUUCAGUGUUCAAAUUAACCGCGUUGCCACAUGAUCAAUAUUAUCCCUAUUUGCUGAGAAUUUUUAUAUUUACCCGGGGAAACUUGAGAUUUUGACUUUCUACUAAUAAGUCUUUAAAAAUAAAAACACAACCUGUGAUAAAUUAUUAUUUAGUAGACUCGAUGAAAUCAUAUUAAGCAAGGAACUUCUUGAGAAAAACGGCAGACAAUUUUUUAAUCUUCCAAAAGACCUGAUCAACUUGGCAACACUGCCUUAAUUUUGUCAAUAUCAGCUGAUUUGAGGUUAAUUUAAUAUUUAUUUAUUUAUUUUUCAAGUGAUUUUUAGAAUAAAUUUAUAUUUAUGACUGUUAAAGAUAAAUAAUAAUACACAAUAAUCUUAAUUUAAAUUAAAUUAUAAAAAAAUUAAUAUGCCACAAUGGAUAAAUAUUAACGACAGGUUACGCCAAGGAAUAUCCUUAAUAAAUAACCUAGACACAUCAACAUAUAGUAUGCUGUUAACCCGAGAGACCUUAACAGAACCAGACCUAAUCCGCCUUCAGACUGAUUUAAAUUUAAAAGAGGAUCAGCUGCAGCUCCUCUUACAAAGCAUUGCGUACAUUUAUAAACAGAGCAGCAGGGUUGUGUUGAAACCUGCAACAUUAUUAAGUGAUUUAGUAGAGAUUCUCGGCCUAGAUGCGGGAAAGGCAGAACUGUUUGUUAAGAAAUGGUCGGAAAAGUUUAGUGAGGAAGUAGGAGAUUUCGAGGAGAGACAUAAGUUAGACGGGUUGUCUUGGGAGCUGAAUGUGCAAGUUGGGUCUGACAUGGAAAGCAAGAAAUUUGUUCCUGAAGUGAGGAUACAGUUGGAGUUGUCGAAAUUUCGUUUUAUAGGUGAAUGAUCCUGGAAAAACUUGCACUCCAAUUUUACAUAUGGGAGAAACAGAGUUGCAACAACUUUACAACACAUUAGAAACGAUUCAGCUUAGAUUAGAUGACAUUCGUAAAUAAUGUAAAAAAUACCACCAAAAAGGCACAACUUAUUAUAUUGAAAUAGUAUUUAUACAAAUAAAUGAAUGAGAGUACA